CCAGGAAGUGAAUCUGCUGUGUGGGAAAGACAUUUACUGCACCAUUUACAGGACGCGACUGAGGAAGCGACAGGGGAAGAGAAGCAGCUAAAAGAAUUACAGGCUCAGCUUCUUAGGCUUCAGCUCACUAAGGUCAAACAGGAAGUGAGCGAAAAGAAGCAGAAAGGGAAAGACGAGCGACAGAUGACAGUCCAGGCUGCCCCAGCUGAAGGUAACGCCCCAGAUUUGUAUCCACUCCCACCAUGGGAGGAGACGUCGUAUGGGACAGCCCAGGGGUGGGGCCCAAACCGAGGGGGCGGUUAUCGGGGAGGUUACAGAAGUAAUUACAGGGGUGGCGCUGGUCGGAGAGGAUCAUACGGUGGGGGAGGAGAAAGAGGCGGCUACCAAGGGAGAGACGCUUGUUUCAACUGUGGUAUGGAGGGGCACUGGCGCAUGGAGUGUCCUAGCAAAAAGAAGAGACAUGGGAGGGGCAGGGGUGUCCCAUCUCGGGGGGCUUGGGCCCCCAAUCCACAUGCUGCGCCACCUAGGGGACAAUACCCUGCACUGGAGGACUGGGGCUAUGAGGCGGAUGCCUCUCAGUGACACACCCCGAUGGGAGACUCCGACAGCAGGGGCAGGGCAGACCCCAUGCUGUCACUCACGGUACUGCAACAACAACUGCCGUUUCUCGUUGACACUGGGGCCACAUACUCCACCAUACAAGCAGCGGGCUCGUCUGCUAUGUCCAAAGACAGUGUCAGCGUUAUGGGAUUCUCCGGGGUGUCACAGAAACUGCCUAUAACAGUCCCCCUACCGGUGAAAGUUGGAAAUCAGACAUUGACUCACUCUUGUGUUGUCUCACCUCAAGUUCCAGUGAAUAUUAUGGGAAGGGAUCUUCUCAUCAAGACAGGGGCUUCAAUCUUGUGCGGCCCGGACGGACUGAGUGUCACAUUGCUGGAUGGAACUGUGUUGCAUUGCAAUGACAAUGGACAGACUAAUGGCCAGUGGGUGAUGCAGCCACUGCAACAACAACAGUGCGCAGACAUUUACUGGGGCCUCCUAAAGCCUGAGUGUCCUGACAUCCCAGGGGUGAUGGCUCUUUACCAAAAGUGGAAGCCUUGGAUAACUCUUCUUGAUCCGUAUGUUUCUCCUCCUGACCCGCCUCAUGUAACAUUGUUCUAUGAUAGACAAGGGGAUGAUUGCUACUGGGAUGAAUUUAUGGGGCACUUAGAGAGCACUGAGUGGGAGGUGACGUCCCAAAACCUCUAUGUGGGCCCAGAAGGGGUAGCCGCAGCUGUUAUCCUCUCUCCUGAUCAAUUGAAAUGGUAUUUAAUGAGCCAAGAGGCGGUGCCACAUGUAUCGCUGGCUCUGCAUCCCAAACAUCAGGCUAAAGACUUGGGUCCAAUGACUAAACGAGCAGUGCUGCUAGAUGACUGGGUGUGCACUCAACUGCCUGAUGUUUGUUUUUCUCCUUCCGCUAAGAUGUACAGAAUCUCAGGGAAAGCGACUAACACUGUCAUUUUAACGCACAAACAGGUGUCCAGAGACCACGGAAGGGAGAAGACCGACCAAACUUCCAGACUACCUCUGGUCCGAAGGCCCGACUGACAUUUUGCGGUCCAGGUGCAAGACAGAACCGGAGGGCAGAACACCCCUGAUCCCCACACAACAGCCUGG